AUGUUCGAGUUUAAAAAAGAUUUGGAAACCGCCAGAUUGGACUUGCCUACACAUUACGUACUUGUCACAAUAUACAGCCUCCUCAUCAUCUUCGGUCUCCUCGGUAACUUUGCUAUCAUCGCGGCCUUCCUCACAAACAAGGUGAUGCUGACCUCAAGGAACAUCUUCGUGGCGAACCUUGCUCUCUCGGACAUAUUACUCUGCUCCUUCACCAUGCCACUCACCCUCAUCGACCUUGUCAGCAAACACUGGCCUAUGGGGCCGGGACAGGAAGUGUUAUGUAAGAUGAUGGGCACCAGUCAGUCCACAUGCAUUUUCUUUUCUGCCUUCUCCAUCGUUCUCAUUGCAGUUGAUAGGUAUCAGUUUAUUGUCAACUCAACCGAGGUCCAAAUAUCCAUUCUUCAGGCUGGUUUCCUCUCGUUAUUUUCUUUCCUGCUCUCCGUCAUACUCUCACUUCCGGUAUUCUUCUUCACCAAACUAGAAGUCAAACUGAACUUUGUGUCCAAGGAGGAGUUAUCCUACUGCUAUGAGGACUGGAGCAGCACUACUGUCAGAUUAUCCUACACUGUCACCUGCUUCACCUGCCAGUACCUCAUACCCUCCAUCAUAGUCGGGUUCGCAUACUACAGGAUUUUCAAGAUGCUUCAGCUGUCAGGCUUCACACAAGCACAACAAAAUCUAGAACAUUCUGUCUCCCACACUCACAGACGGGCUCGACAGCAGGCUAGGCGGAAACGAAUCAACAUCCUCCUUCUCCUGGUCACCUUGGUUUUCUUCAUUUGCUGGACUCCACUCAACAUCUUCAACAUUAUACUUAACUUCCUCCCAGCACAGAAGACGUUGACCCAUGAGUAUGCCCUUGUGAUUAUAUUCUCUGGGGUUCACCUGACUGCUAUGGCAACUGUUUGCGCUAAUCCAAUCCUUUACGGAUUCCUCAACGAGAACUUUAAACAGAGUCUUCUUGAUAUCUUCUCCAAGAUCCCUUUCUCAAGACAACUUGUCAUCUUCAGUCAAUAUUUUCAGGGUUGCAGAAUUCUCCGUAGACAGCAAGAAACAAGAUCAAAUGAACUCCGACUGCAGACCCUCAAAAGCCGAACUUCGACUCCUCCUGAAGCAAUGAGUUUUCCACCUGAGCAGGGCGUCUAGGCUAGAUAUCAGGGUGGUACCGAGUUCUAAUAUCAUUGGAGGAGGAAAAUAAGGAAAAUCGUCUUGUCGUAAAGAUGUGAUAUUUG